AUGGAAAAUCAAAAAGAAGAUACUACUAUCAAGAAGAAUUCAGUUUUUGAACUCAUAUCCAGAAAAAUUAGCCAACUUCCAGAACCAGAAAGGAAUCUACUUGAGUAUGGAUCAACAUACAUUGGACUUAAUGCUGCUCUCUGUGGCCUAAUAGCAAACAGUCUUUUUCGGCGCAUCCUGCAUGUGACAGAGGCUCGAAUAGCUGCUAGCUUACCAAUGGCAGUCAUCCCAUUUUUGACAACAACUGUAUCUUAUCAAAGUUUUGUAAGUUUGCCUUUGAGCACAGGUGAGUUGAACUGUGAAACCUGUACCAUGACAGGGAGUGGAUAGCUAGUUCGCUUGGUUAUGGGCGGCCUAUACGCUGUUCUUUUGGCUAUACCUGUGAACGGUGGCCUUGCAGCCAGGUAUGGAUCAACCCCACUGCCAGACAAAGGAAACAUCUUAAAUUACUGGAUUAGAGUUUCUAAGCCCGUCUUUAGAAAGAUGUUAUUUCCUAUUUUACUUCAGACUGUGCUGGCAGCUUAUCUUGGAUCUAGACAGUAUAAACUACUUGUAAAGGCCCUUCAGUUACCUGAACCUGGCCUCGAAAUUCACUGA